AUGACCAUUUCUGGAAGUCUGCCAUUAAACCAAGAUUGUACGCUGGUAUGGCUUAUUUAUUUGCAUUUUGUUCAUAAUUCUCGCUUAUAAUUGAGCUCCUUACCAAGAGGACCCAACUUAUAACUACUUUCACCGAAGCUUCGACAACUAACCAUCAUUUCUAACACUUCAUCUUAGACGCAGAAAUGCCACAAAAAAAGAUUGACCCUGUCCCAGACGAAGAGGAGUUUAAACCCCCAAAAUCGCCAACCGAGUCCGUGAAAAAAGGAACAAACGACUCGCAAAAAUCACAAGAUGCCCGUAAGAAGGCCAUAGCAGAUAAUAAGUUGAAGAAUCAGCAGCAUCUCUUAUUAUUCUGCGAUGGGACUGGCAAAGAUGCAGGCGAUGCAGGCUCCGCCAAAUCGAAUGUUUAUCGCCUUUUUAAGCUCAUUGGGGGACUGGAUCCCGAUGGUCGUGCGCAAGCGACCUUUUAUCAACAAGGGCUUGGGACCGAUCCUGAGUACAAUGAGAGCUUGAGUGGCAUGGGAAAGACAACCUUGGAUUUUGUCGCAAAGGUUGCUGGUAAUGCUGGCGGUCAUGGUGCGUUUUCAUCGGAAUAUUUCUAGUUACUUGCUUCUAACAAUGACCAAGGAAUCGAGGACAAUAUCGCGUUAAUGUACUAUCUUAUUUGUACAAAACUCAAGGAGGGUGACAAGCUAUCUCUAUUUGGCUUUUCUCGCGGCGCAUAUACCGUCAGAAUCAUAGCCGCGCUCGUUGCAAGUGUCGGUAUCUGCAAUCCAAAACAUUUCGGCGAGACUCGAGUCAAGCAAUUGGAUGGACUUCUUAACUUAGUCAGGCAGUGGAGGAAAGCAAAAGGAAGGCUUGAAAAUAGUAAGAUGAAGGACAUCAUGCCGAAUUUGAAGGAGGUAGUCGAAAUUCAUGCAAUUGGAGUAUGGGAUACCGUCGCUUCAGUCGCUUUCAAAGAUUAUACCUUCGCACUGGAUCUCUCGCCAAAAAUACAAAAUGCAUUUCAAGCUCUUGCAAUCAACGAACGCAGACCACUAUUCGCGCCGGAGGUAUUCAAGAAACCAGCUAGUGUCAAAAGCAUGAAGCAAUGCUGGUUUUUCGGGACACACUCAGCAGUUGGAGGCGGCACUGGCCAACAAGAUAUUGCCGUCCCCGACAUUUCUCUUCUCUGGAUGAUCUCGCAGUUAGAAGGACUGGUAGGAAUUGAUAAACCUGCUCUCCGCGAAAUGAAACUUUUCGCGAUGAACUUCAGCAAAGCGAAGGGCGCAGAUGUUGUCUCUCAAAUCAAACAAUCCAGUUUCAUUAGCCCCAGAGAAAUUGGAAAAGAUCGUAAACCUGGGUUGGGAAUCAAUGAGUUCAUUCAUAUCAGUGUUCGCCUAUUCGAAGACCUUACCCCUGUCAAAAGUAGGGGCGCUACAUUUGGGAAAGUCUUGAAUCCAGAGCCAACAUCCGAAGGAGGUCGUGAUAAGACGUGGACUUGGACGACAGCUGAUGGAAAGGAGCUUCUGGAGGAUAUACCAAAAAAGUUCGAAGCAGAAAGACUCAAACCCGACCAAGCACCUUUUGAGGGCGAUCCACCUUCGCCUACCUCACCUAUAAUCUUUGCAAAAACUGACGCACAAAAAGCCCGGGAAGCUGAAGAAGACACGGAGCCUGAAGAUGAGGAGCCGGUAGUACGAGACGAUUCUGAUAGCGGGGAGAUGCCUAUUUUCGCAGAGAAUAAGGACGCGGACUCAGAUGUUGACGAACCCUUUGCGCGAGAUCCGACAGUUUUCAAGCCAAGAGAUGAUAAUGCUGCGCAGGACGGUGCAAAACUCAAUGUACCAGCCAGCCGUGACAAGAAAAACAAGAAAAAUACCACGCAGAGCAAAGUUGUCAAGAAGAGAAAGUAA